GCAGCCAAAGCAACACCUACUGUCUAUGUGGCAGAUACAAUGGCGGCCACAGUAGCCGCUACGGCAGAAGUCACGGAAGCCGCUAGAGGAACAGUUGCAGACACAAUGAUGCAAACAGCAACAGCCAUGGUCACACGCACAGCUAGAGAGUCAUCCACAUCAGAAACAUGCCAAGCGGCCGUAACAGGAAGCACAGCUGAGGCAGCAGCAGCCACAGCAGCACCUAUGGCCUCUUUGGCAGAUACAUUGUCGCACACAGUAGCCGCUACAGCAGAAGUCACAGCAGCUGCUACGGCAACAGUCACCAACACAAAGAUGCAAACGGCAACAGCCAUGGACACAGUCGCAGCUAGAGAUUCUUCCACAUCGGAAACAUGCCAAGCGGCCGUAACAGAAUGCACAGCGGUGGCAGCAGCAGUCACAGCAGCACCUCUCGUCACUGUGGCAGAUGCAGUGACGCCCACAGUAGCCGCUACGGCAGAAGUCACAGCAGCCGCUACAGCAACAGUCACAGACACAAUGAUGCAAAUGGAAACCGCCAUGGGCACAGUCGCAGCUAGAGAGUCAACCACAUCCGAAACAUGCCAAGCGGCCGUAACAGGAAGCACAGCUGAGGCAGCAGCAGCUACAGCAGCACCUGCCGUCCCUGUGGCAGACACCGUGACGCCCACAGUAGCCGCUACGGCAGAAGUUACAGCAGCAGUUGCAGACACAAUGAUGCAAACGGCAACGGCCAUGGACACAGUCACAGCUAGAGAUUCUUCCACGUCAGAAACAUGCCAAGCGGCCGUGACAGAAAGCACAGCUAAGGCAGCAGCAGCCACAGCAACACCUGCAGUCUCUAUGGCAGAUACAGUGACGUCCACAGUAGCCGCUAAGGCAGAUACAGUGAAGCCCACAGUACCCGCUAUGGAAGAAGUCACAGCAGCCGCUACAGGAACAGUCGCAGACACAAUGAUGCAAAUGGCAACAGACAUGGGCACAGUCACAGCUAGAGAGUCAUCCACAUCAGAAACAUGCCAAGCGGCCGUAACAGGAAACACAGCUGAGGCAGCAGCAGCCACAGCAACACCUACGGUCUCUGUUGCAGAUACAGCGAUGCCCACAGUAGCCACUAUGGCAGAAGUCAGAGCAGUCGCUACAGGAACAGUCGCAGACACAAUGAUGCAAAUAGCAACAGCCAUGGACACAGUCGCAACUAAAGAGUCAUCCACAUCAGAAACAUGCCAAGCGGCCGUAACAGGAAGCACAGCUGAAGCAGUAGCAGCCACAGCCACACCUGCAGUCUCUAUGGCAGAUACAGUGACGUCCACAGUAGCCACUAUGGCAGAAGUCACAGAAGCCGCUAGAGGAACAGUUGCAGACACAAUGAUGCAAAUGGCAACGGCCAUGGGCACAGUCGCAACUAGAGUGUCAUCCUCAUCAGAAACAUGCCAAGCGGCCGUAACAGAAAGCACAGCUGAAGCAGCAGCAGCCAAAGCAACAUCUACUGUCUAUGUGGCAGAUACAAUGGCGGCCACAGUUGCCGCUGCGGCAGAAGUCACGGAAGUCGCUAGAGGAACAGUUGCAGACACAAUGAUGCAAACAGCAACAGCCAUGGUCACACGCGCAGCUAGAGAGUUAUCCACAUCAGAAACAUGCCAAGCGGCCGUAACAGGAAGCACAGCUGAGGCAGCAGCAGCCACAGCAGCACCUAUGGUCUCUUUGGCAGAUACAUUGUCGCACACAGUAGCCGCUACAGCAGAAGUCACAGCAGCUGCUACGGCAACAGUCACCAACACAAAGAUGCAAACGGCAACAGCCAUGGACACAGUCGCAGCUAGAGAUUCUUCCACAUCGGAAACAUGCCAAGCGGCCGUAACAGGAAGCACAGCUGAGCCAGGAGCAGCCACAGCAGCACCUAUGGUCUCUGUGGCAGAUACAGUGUCGUCCACAGUAGCCGCUAAGGCAGAAGUCACAGCAGCCGCUACAGGAACAGUUACAGACACAAUGAUGCAAAUGGCAACACCCAUGGACACAGUCGCCGCUAGAGAGUCCUCCACAUCAGAAACCUGCCAAGCGGCCGUAACAGGAAGCACAGGACAGACGGAAGCAGUGUUUGAUUCGUCCGACCAUAGCACAGCGGCUCAAGCUUUACGCAUGACAUGGCGAAUACGCAUCGCUCCCUCAGCAGGCAACAGCCGCUGGCGGCCAAAAAUUUGGUCCAGAUAUGGCCGGACCAACCAGAUCGGUUCCGCAACCCCUGUUUCUCUUCUUGUUUUAACUGGAGCAGAGGCAGAAGCUGUCACAGCAGCACUUACAGUCCCUGUGGCAGAUACUGUGUCACACGCAGCAGCCGCUACGACCACACUCCCAGACAGCAUGUCGCCCACUGUAGCCGCUACGGCAGAAGUCACAGCAGCCGCUACAGCAACAGUCGCAGACACAAUGACACAAAUGGCAACAGCCAUGGGCACAGUCAUAGCUAGAGAGUCAUCCACAUCAGAAACAUGCCAAGCGGCCGUAACAGGAAGCACAGACAAUCCGUUUCACCUGGUUAGGUUUGUGUGUGACAUUCAACCAUGGUUGAACGAAGUUGACGCAGAUCGACUGCGACAGAUGGUGAUCAAGAAACAUCUCAUAACUGACAGCGCAUCAAUAGAGAGACUAAAGAGAAUUCGGUCCCGGGAUGGACAAUCUGCUCAUAAUGAGGAGCUCAUCCAGUUGCUCAGAGCUGGUGGCCUAAAGACUUAUCGUGAUCUCGGUGUUGUCAUUGAGGAACUUGGGUAUGUGGACAGGAGCAAGGACAUGCUCUCCAUUUUGUCCCACACAGCUCUUCCUAUUUAUGCCAAAGCUGAGGCAGCAGCAGCCACAGCAGCACCUGCAGUCUCUAUGGCAGAUACAGUGACGUCCACAGUAGCCGCUGUGGCAGAUACUGUGACCCAUGCAGCAGCCGCUACGACCACACUCACAGAUAACGUGGCGCACACAGUACCCGCAAUGGCAGAAGUCACAGCAGCCGCUACAGCAACAGUCGCAGACACAAUGAUGCAAAUGGCAACAGCCAUGGGCACAGUCGCAGCUAGAGAGUCAUCCACGUCAGAAACAUGCCAAGCGGCCGUAACAGGAAGCACAGCUGAGGCAGCAGCAGCCACAGCAACACCUACGGUCUCUGUGGCAGAAACAGCGUCGCCCACAGUAGCCGCUACGGCAGAUGUCACAGCAGCGACUACAGCAACAGUCGCAGACACAAUGAUGCAAACGGCAACAGCCAUGGACACAGUCGCAACUAGAGAGUCAUCCACAUCAGAAACAUGCCAAGCGGCCGUAACAGGAAGCACAGGACGGGCAGAAGCAGUUUUUGAUUCGUCCGACCAUAGCACAGCGGCUCAUGCUUUACGCAUGACAUGGCGAGUACGGAUCGCUCCCUCAGCAGGCAACAGGCGCUGGCGGCCAAAGAUUGGGUCCAGAUAUGGCCGUACCAACCAGAUCAGUUUCGCAACCCCUGUUUCUCUUCUUGUUUUAACUGGAGCAGAGGCAGAAGCUGUCACAGCAGCACUUACAGUCCCUGUGGCAGAUACUGUGUCACACGCAGCAGCCGCUACGACCACACUCGCAGACAACGUGGCGCCCACUGUAGCCGCUACGGCAGAGGUCACAGCAGCCGCUACAGCAACAGUCGCAGACACAAUGAUGCAAACGGCAACAGCCAUGGGCACAGUCGCAACUAGAGAGUCAUCCACAUCAGAAACAUGCCAAGCGGCCGUAACAGGAAGCACAGGACCCGCGGAGGCAGUUGUCGAUUUGCCCGGCCAUACCACAGCCUUCCAUGCUUUGUGCGUGGUAUGGAGAGGACGCCUGACCACCUCAGCUGCCAACACUCGUUGGUGGUCAAAGAGUUGGUCCGGUGAUGCCCUGGCUAAACGCAUCGGUUCCGCCGCACCUGUAACUCUUCUGUUUUUAACCAAUGCCGAAACAGCAGCAGCAGUCACAGCAGCACAUGCAGACUACGAGGUAGAUGAAGUUGCACCCACAGCAGCCUCUACAGCAACAGUCGCAGACACAAUGAUGCAAGCGGCAACAGCCAUGGACACAGCCACAGCUAGAGAGUCAUCCACAUCAGAAACAUGCCAAGUGGCCGUAACAGGAAUCACAGACAAUCCGUUUGACACUGGAACUUUCACUUGUCGCAUACUUCCAAAGUUAUGCGAAAUACCCUGUGCAAUGUUUCGCAGGAGUGUUCAGAAGCAGGGUCUACUGCACAGUAUGGCAGAAAUCAAUGAAUUGAUGCGCACAGAAAAGUACGAGCCAGUAGAAAACCAUAACGUCAAGAUCAUCGGAUACAUCCAUCCUGGAGGAAUGGAUUCCUACAAAAAGCUCUGUGCAGCCAUCAAAGGCCUGAAGUAUGAAGUUUUGUACACAGAGAUGAUCGUACUGCUUCCUGCUGACCGUCAGCCUAGAGAUGAUUGACCCACCCUGGCUGCUCACAGAGCUAUGAGUUUAUGAUGAGGAUGAUAAUCAUCGUCAGUGACAGCAGCAUCACCAGUACCAGCCACAGGAGCAGCAGCAGCAACAGCAGCAGCAGAAGUAGCAGCAGCACAAGCAUACUCAUGACCUAAUUCUCAGGUACACCACUUUGUGUGUUUCCUGCUCUGGCGCAACUAUGUACACACACUGUACAACUAUGUACACACACUGUACAACUAUCUGCUGAGCUAGUGGUUGCGGAAGCAGGUGUUCUUGCCAUUUAAUAGCUCUAUUGCUACCCGUUGUUAUUUUUUCUUCCUGCCAUUUAUUUCCUUUCCUCCUAUGCUCCUUACAUAUUCGCCUUUAUGUUAUUGGGCCACUACAGGUUUGAUUGUACAACUAUGUACACACACUGAACAAGGCAGAGGAGAUUUGUUUUUUCGGUUUGGUUUUCGAUACGAGAAAUAAUAUUCGCUCAUUUGUUCAGCUGCAUAAUAUUUCUGCAUAAUAUUUCUGCAUUGUUUUAUUUUGUCUGAUCUCAGUAGUUGUUGCAGUUCUGCUAGGUUUUACCGGGUGUUAGCGGCCGUCGUGGACGGACACGAUGAUUUACUUUUUUCACUUUUUUCAUCCUAGUCAACCUGGGACAACUUCAGUAGACCAUAUUUGUAAGUGGAUUGAUCAAGAUCUGCCUUCACUGUUUCGUGCAUUCUAAAUUCUCUCGGCUGGAGAUCUGUUUUUUCUGUCUCUUUGGCCUUCAAACUACAUUAACGGCUACGUAAUGGUGUUUAAAUUGGCGUGUGAGCAACACUGGCUCACACUCAAAACUAUUUUUACUUCACCAUAAGCACAGGCAAAAUCUGCCUUCUCGCUGUGUUGAUGACGGUAGCACAACACAGAAGUGUCACUGCUGCCUUUUGUGGAGCACUUUUCAGAGUGUGUUUCUUUGUGUUAUUUCUUGCUGUUUCCUGCUUCCUCUUCUGUCCUUUUUGCUAGCCACUGCCAUAAGCCAUCAGCUGAUUAUCUUUUUUUUCCUUCUCUGCUACAUUAGAUUUGUAGACCGUUAAUUUUAUGUUUCAAACUCCAUGUUGUUGUCUCUCCUCCUCCCCCCCCCCCCCCACACACACACCACACACACUCACACCCAUCAUUCCCAUCCCGUACCCAACCCCACGCAUACACAUUACACCACACCUCUACAUUAUCGUGCUAUUGUUUUCAUUGAGUAGUCUUGGUCAUGCUAAUUACAAUAGAAAUCCCCUCGUCCUCUCCCACAUCUCUAUUUCACCUCUCUUUACAAGUCCUGUUCCCUCUAGUAUUAAACUAUUAUUCUCAGGAGAGAGUAGUGUUUGGUUAUCAUAUUUUUCGAUCUUUUUUUAUUUUCCCUCUAACGAAAAUGGCUGUGAGUGACGAUAGGGUAAUUUUAAAUGUUUUGCGAGAGUUGGCAGUCUCGGAGGGCCGGCUGUCAGUGAUUUGGAGAUGAUGUUGGACAGGACACUACCCAUGUAUUCUCCUGGCAUGUUUUUUUGUUUUGUCACAGGUGUUAUAUUGUUUUGGUUUUUACAUUGAUUUUGUAUGUGGAAACAAGGGGAUUACGGAUUUUUGACUCUUUCCUCUACCAAAUGCCACUGUUUACACAUGUAUUUGUUUUCAUUUUUUGGUGUUGUGUUCUAGUCAUUCAUCAUGCCACCGUGAAUUGUAUUCUGUUUGCCCGUAAAUGAGGCUUGUGUUUUAUUGA